AUGAGUAAGAUUGGUUUCUGGUUGCAGAACGCUGCUCCUUACUCUCCCAAAGAACGUGAUUUUGAAGCGAUCAAUGCGUGCUAUGGGGUCACAAGCAUAAGGCAGUCCGACCUUCUACUAAUAUACAAAUUCCCCAACGUCCGUUUCGGGGAUGCGCCCACUGGGACGAUGCGGUUCGGCGAACCCAGCACGCCGACGGCGGGGGUAACGCCGUCCGACCCGACGGGUGUGAUACAGUGCCACACCGUCGCAUUGAGCACGAAGAAGAAGAAGGGGGACAAGGACGGGUCGCCGGCGCCGAAGGUCCCAUAUAUCGGGAAACCGAACGCGGGCGAAGGUGAGGAUCCGAACCAGACCGAAGACUGUCUCUUCCUGGACAUCUACCUGCCUGCCUCGCUCUUCGCGAACGGGACCACCCCGUCCGCGUCGGUGCCGGUGGUUGUGUGGUUCUAUGGAGGCGCGUUCGUGGAAGGGUCGAAGGAUGGGCCGGAUCCGAAUAACCCGUUAUACACGGGCGUGGGCGCUGUGAAUGCCGCGAAGGCGCUGGGAGAGGAUGUGGUGUUUGUGGCGGGGAAUUACCGCCUCGGGGCCUUUGGAUGGUUGGCGGGUCAGUAUAUGGAGACGGCGGGGGCGCCGAAUGCCGGGCUGCAUGAUCAGCGGUUCCUGUUGGAGUGGGUGCAGACGUAUAUUGGACAGGUGGGUGGGGAUAACUCGAGUAGCCCGGCAUAUGAGAUCAUGUGGGAUCGUACUGGGACGUUGAAUCAGACUUACGAGAAUUUCGUGGGCUCGGCUGUGCCUGGUUGUACUAGCCGUGAUAUCAACUGCGUGAGGGAGCUCGGUCUUGACGAUCAGGCUUUGAUCAACGCGAAUGCAGACCUGGUCAAUACGUAUUAUAAUACUGGUGUCUUUCCAGUAGGACCGGCAGUAGAUGGGAUCCUGAUCAACCGAUUACCCGUGAAUGAAUUUGCAACGAAUUCAUAUUGGCAGGGCUUAAAAUCCCUGAUCGUCUCUCAUGUGGAAGACGAGUCUGGCAUCUUCGUCCCAUCAAUCACUGAUGACAGCGGCUUCACCUCCUUCGUAAGCAACUUCAUGCCGCAAUCAUCCCUCUCCAGCGUGCGUUCGGCAAUUAUGAGCGCCUACCCAUCAUCCUCGUAUCCCGACGCACCCAAAGCUCGUGCCAGCGCCGUGAUUCGGGACUCAUCCUUUACGUGCAACGUGCAGCAGCUCUUCGACGCAUACGGCGGUACCGCAGACACGUACGUGCUGAAGUACGACGUCACGCCGAAGAGUGGGCUUUUCACGAUCCCCGCGGACCAUGGGACGGACCUACUGCCCACUUUCUGGAACGGGGAGGUCGAUUUUGCGAAGUUUCUCGCCAGUGUGGCGAACAAAAUCUCCCCGAUACCGAUUCCGCCAUUCUUCUUGAACGGGUUUUCGAAAUUCUACGCCGCAUUUUCGCCCAAGUUCCAAGCGUAUCUCGUCUCAUUUGCGAUCUCCGGGAAUCCGAAUAGCCUGGCCAGUGAAAACCCGUUCUGGCCCACAGCUACAGCGGACGGUUCCAGCAUUGGAAACGUAUUGCAAGCGCAAGCGACACCGACAGAUACACAAUUCACGGUCAUCGUUGAUGAAAUUAAUACUUCGGGGCUCUGUAGUUUCUGGAAGACCCUGGCCGCGGAGAUCGAUACUACUACUACCACUACUACUGUCGCUGCAGUGCAGACGCCGCCCCCUUUUGUCCCAUCCCAGGAUGUCCUUGGUGGAGAGGCAGAUCGUGAUGAAUUGAAAUGA